GAGUUGGAGAGACAGUACCAGGACCUGAUGCAAUAGCAUCAGGAGUUGGCAAAGCUCCGCCGCAUGGUGCAGAGCCACGAGGAUGCAACUCGGGCACUCAAUGCCCGAUUGCUGGACCUGGAACAGGCUGUACCAGGACCAGCUUCUGGGGCUUCCAGCAGUGCACCCUCUAGCCGCCAACUGGAGGACCGCGUUGACCACGUAGUGGCAAUGCUCGGCGACAUCAGCACCUUCGCUGCGCCGACCACCACCACCAGCAGUCAGCUGCAUACAUUGAAGACCGAGGUCCAGCAGCUGCAGACGACAAACGCGGAUGGCAAUCCGAAGAUGUAUAAGAUGCCAACUUUCAAUCUCGAGAGGUUCGACGACUACACGCAGCAGGAUCCGGUCCUCUGGUGGGAAGCAUUCACAACGCAACUCAGGAUUCUGCCCGUAGCCAAGCAUGCGUACAUCGGCGCCCUGUUCCUGAACUCAAAGGGCGGAUGCCAGACCUGGUUGAGCCACCUGGCAACCUCCCACGGCGUCGCCUUACCAGACUUGAAGGACAAAAUCACAUGGGAGGAACUGACACGGCUGUGGAAGAAGCGCUUCAUCGUCGACGACGCGCCGGCACUCGCCAUCAACCGUCUGUUCACCAUGUCACAGGGCAACACGGGAGUGGCUCACGGAGUGGCAGAAGAUUGCAGCAGUGCCCAAUCUGGACCUGCCUUUCACUCAUCUCAGACUACAAGUUCCAUGGGUCAAGUUUGGCUUGACCGAGGCGCAGUACAAGGUCCGUGGCCGCUAUGGCAGCUGCUAUUGGUGCAACAGCACCAAGCACAAGACCUCCCUGUGCCAAGAUCAGGGCAAGGAGGAUGUGUGACCCCGCCUCAGCUCGGGAAACUAAGCUCCGCGGAAGGUGAGGCGACUCCACCUUCUACUCCGCCAGAUUCGGCCGCCUUGCUAGCGGCCUCCUGCACAUCUGGGGAGAACGCGAAUGUCGAAAGUUCUCGUUACACUUACGAGGACUAUGUUGUCAACUUGGUUCCACCGCUGGACCAACCGCUCCACGUGCAACAAUCCACCGCAUCUACGGUUUCAUCACCAUCGGCAACCGAUUCGGCAGCUUUGCCGCAAUCUAUCGCCAGGGAUUCGACGUCAUGGUCAAGACUUGAGGAGCUCGACCCAUUGACGUUCACGGACUUCCAGUGGAUGCCCGUUCCCUCGACCGGACGAUUGUCGAAACCGCAUUGCAACGUGCUCAUGGCACAAUUGCGGGACUACUUGCACACUGCAGUACCAGCUCCGUUGAUGGACGCCGGAGUAGAGGUUGUCGACCUUCACGCUUACAUCGCGAAGAUCGACCGCGAGUUCAAGACGCAACGGUACGACGACAUCGACGCACCAUUGCUAUACGUACGCAUUCAGAUCGGAGAGGCAACCUGCAGUGCCUUGAUCGAUUGCGGAGCAUCUCGCAACUACAUCAGCCAGGACUUCAUGGUACACGCCGACCUUGGCCCACCUGUCCGGAGGAAGUCCCAGCCUACGCAAGUAACGUUGGCAGACGGUCAUACGCACAAGUCAAUCGACCGGUGCAUUGAUGCCGUCCCCGUGUACUUUGCCCCUCACGCAAGUGAUGCGGUGUCCUUUGACAUUCUGGACACCAAAUUCGACAUGAUCUUGGGCAUGUCAUGGCUGCGAAGCGAGGAUCACCCGCUUCUCGACGCCUACAGCGACGUGUUCGAAGGCCCGCACGGAGUAGUACCGGAUCGACCCAUCCGCCACGAGAUCAUCCUCGAGGACGGGGCCGUACCUCCGCGCGGUUGCAUCUACCGAAUGAGCGAGGAAGAGUUAAGUGUGCUUCGGGCACAACUCGACGACCUUCUGGAGAAAGGCUGGAUUCGGCCUAGCUCAUCGCCAUACGGUGCUCCUGUUCUCUUCGCCCGGAAGAAGAACAAGGACCUGCGGUUGAGCAUCGACUAUCGCAAGCUCAACGCGCAGACGAUCAGGAACGCCGGCCCUCUCCCACGCAUCGACGACCUUCUCGAGCGAUUGGGCGGCGCCCAGUUCUUCUCUAAGCUGGAUCUUAAGUCAGGGUACCACCAACUCGAGAUUCGCAAGGAGGAUCGGUACAAGACCGUGUUCAAGACACGGUAUGGGCAUUUCGAAUCGCUGGUCAUGCCGUUUGGCCUUACGAAUGCCCCAGCCACUUUCCAAGCGGCUAUGACAACGGAGUUCCGACACAUGCUGGAUCGGUUUGUACUCAUCUACCUAGACGACAUCUUGAUGUAUAGUCGGAGUUUGGACGAGCAUGUGGAACACCUGCGCACCAAUUUGGAGCGGCUGCGACAAGCUAAGUACAAAGCAAACCGCAAGUGCGAGUUCGCACAGCAGGAGCUGAAGUACUUGGGACACUAUGUGAUGCCGCAAGGCAUCCGUCCGCUUGUGGACAAGAUCGAGGCCCUACGACUAUGGCCCGAGCCCACCAACACCACGGACGUUCGUUCAUUCAUGGGGUUGGCGGGCUACUAUCAGCGAUUCAUCACCGGAUACUCCAGGAUUGCUGCACCUAUGACGAGGUUACAGUCGCCAAAGGUGCCAUUCGUAUUCGAUGACGACGCACGCCGGUCAUUCCAAGCACUUAAGACGGCUAUGCUCAUGGCACCCCAUCUGACGGUUUAUCCGGUCUUCCACGCCUCGAAGCUGGCAACAUACACGCCAGCCAAGAGCGACGACUUUCCGGACCAACAAUCGCAGGACCCUCCUUCUAUGGAUGGCUAUCAGGAAGUUGACCGCGUCAUCUCCGAUSGCAAGUACGGCAGCAAGCCGCGGCAGUACAAAGUCACAUUCAAAGCAUGCGAUCGCGACGACACUCGGUGGAUUUCAGGCGCAGAUUUGAAAGCAUCCGCACCACUGAUCUACGCGCAUUAUGAAAAGCGGAGGUUAGCUCAGGAAGCUUCACGACCAGCCGCUCCCAACCGGACUGUGGUCCCUCCCUCAGACGGACAGCUUCGCCCUCGCAGGUAAGCUCGGUUCUUCAAGAAGGGGGGGGGGUGGCAUACUGCCUAGCCACACGG